UCGGUGCUGCCCACUGAAUGUGUAGGAUGCACCCGUUCCCAUUGGGAAGCUGGAGUUGGCUGCUCUGCUGAUGAAAGGAAGAGGACGCUAAAGAGAACGUGGCUGCGAAAGGGGUGGCAUGGCGAAAUCUCUGAGAGGGGCGUGAUCUGCUAAGAUGGAGGCGUGGCUAUUCAAAGAGAAGAAGCGUGGUUUGGAAGGGGGCGGAGCUCUGUAGGAGAAAGGAGGGGGGGCGAGGAGGAGGUGCGCGCGCUGAGAUUGCCCUUGUGUCUAGAGCUGGAAAAGCGGCUUGUAGAGCGGAGCCGUCUCCCUGCGAGCUGAGGUGAGAGAGCGUGCGAAGCAGCAGGAAGACGAGCGCUGCAGCUGCCCAUCUCGCUCCUCAGUGCCACCCUGACGAGACCAGGGAAAGGGAGCACUCUCGUGCGGAAGGAGGAGGUGGCGGCACCCGGCUCUUCGGAGGGAAGGACUGCGGGGGGCAAAGGCGCCCAGCCGAAGUAGGACGGGGUUAGGGGGCGAAUUAAUUGGGAAGGGGAGGGGGAGCCGGCAGCCGCUAGCCGCUCGUCCCCAUUGCACACCCGCGCGACCCUGGUCCUCUUCUUCACCCCGCUGGAUAGGCUGAGGGAGACACUGCGGCGGCGGCGGCGGAGGCGGCUCCUGCUGGGGAGAGAACGAGCCCGGCGAGAAGAGGAGCAGAAGGAAGGAGGAAAAGAAGAAGAAAAAGAGAAGGAGGGAGCAGCGGCGGCGGCGGCAGUGGUAGCAGCAGCGGCUGCUGGAUUCUCUGCCUCGCGCCCAGCCAGCCCGAGGGAAACCCCCAGGAUGCGGCUGAAACCCAGCGUCGUCUUGCGCUUAUACAGCCUCUGCGGGAUCCUCAUCCAAGGCAGCCAAGGGCAGUUUCCACUCACACAGAAUGUUACAGUUAUUGAGGGUGAAACAGCAACGUUGACCUGUAGGGUUGAUCAAAAUGAUAACACCUCCCUCCAGUGGUCAAAUCCAGCUCAACAGACUCUCUACUUCGAUGACAAGAAAGCUUUGAGGGACAAUAGGAUUGAGCUGCUUCGAGCUUCUUGGCAUGAACUGACCAUCAGAGUCACUGAUGUGUCACUGUCAGAUGAAGGGCAAUACACCUGUUCUUUAUUUACUAUGCCUGUCAAGACUUCCAAGGCUUUCCUCACCGUUCUGGGUGUUCCAGAAACUCCCCAAAUUAGUGGAUUUUCUUCACCAGUUAUGGAAGGUGAAAGAAUGGAGCUUACAUGCAAAACUUCUGGUAGUAAGCCAGCUGCAGAUAUCAGAUGGUUCAAGAAUGACAAAGAGGUGAAAGAUGUUCAAUAUUUAAAAGAAGAAGAUGCAAAUCGGAAAACAUUUACUGUCAGCAGCACAAUGAAUUUCAAAGCAGAUCGCAGUGAUGAUGGUGUAGUCAUAAGAUGCAGAGUAGAUCACGAGUCCUUGAACACUACGCCACAGAUAGCAAUGCAAGUUCUAGAAGUACACUAUAUUCCUUCAGUUAAUAUAAUACCUUCUACAUCAUGGCCUGAAGAAGGACAAUCUAUAACUUUGAUUUGUGAAUCCAAAGGAAAACCACUGCCAGAUCCUGUAUUAUGGACAAAGGAUGGCGGAGAAUUACCAGAUCCAGAAAGAAUGUUUGUCAAUGGUAGGGAGCUAAACAUUAAUUUCCUAAAUAAAACGGACAAUGGUACAUAUCGAUGUGAAGCAGAAAAUAGUAUUGGCCAAAACAGCGCAGAGUAUGUCCUGAUUAUACAUGAUGUUUCCAACAUUUUGCUUCCUACCACUGUCAUCCCCUCCCUUACCACUGCAACAGUCACAACCACUGUAGCCUUAACAAGCACAGUCCCAUCGGCAACAGCCAUCAACACCCGAGACCCGAAUGCUUUGGCUGGACAGACUACUACUGGACCGGACCAUGCUGUUAUAGGAGGGAUAGUGGCUGUAGUUGUCUUUGUCACACUAUGUUCUAUAAUUCUGCUUGGUCGAUAUCUGGCAAGACAUAAAGGAACGUAUUUAACAAAUGAAGCUAAAGGAGCUGAAGAUGCACCUGAUGCGGAUACAGCCAUUAUCAAUGCAGAAGGCAGUCAAGUCAAUGCAGAAGAGAAGAAGGAAUAUUUCAUAUAGAUGCAGACUUAGAUUCUCUGAUUAUUACUCACCACAAGGCUGACUGCUGGAGGAAACUGGCUCUCAUCUUUCAGAAUUAAUUUCUCCCAUCUUUUUGCUAUCUUUAUUAAUGUACACAAUUGUUUUCAGAAGCCAGUUUAUGCCAACAAUCAGCCGUGGACAGCAUUUUUCUUUAAUUAUGGUACCAUUCAUAAUGCAGGACAUUUCUUAUUGCCUAAACAUCAUAUCCAUUGCUCUCUUAACAUACAGUGCUUGAAUAUACAGCCUUAACAAUUUUAAUCAUCAUCUCAGUUCAUAUUGUUCAGUUUUUCUACAUUUUUAAAGAAAAGUUAUACAGCUUUUAUUUUCUGUUUUGUUUUAUCAUGGUCCUUACCAGUAUUUCACCACACCAUUUUCAUAGGAAAUGAUCUUAGGUGAGGACCCAAAUGUACUUACGUAAAACAUUACAAGUAAGAUUAGAGGUUUACAAAGAAUGUUUUAUAUAUGUCUAUAAUUCAAAAGCAGCCUAGUUUUGAGACAUUAUGCCCUAGGAAAUACCAACUGAAAGUAUUCUAGCAUCAUUCCAUGUGUGUUUGCAAAUAAUAGCAAAGGGAUAUGAAAAGAUAUUUUAUUUUAAUGGCACAUUGGUACUAAAGCAACAUCGGGGUGGUUACCACAUCAUGAAGUCUGUCUAUACAGAAUCAGAAAAGAUGGAUUAUGUGGCUCCAUUUAAACAUGUUUUCCAGUUCUUUUACUGCUUUUAGGAUCCACAAGACUCCCAUGUCUAUUUCUGUAAUUUUUAUUUUUAUUUAUUUGCUUCAGAUGGGCUCACCUGCCUACUCAAAUUGGACAUGUUCAUGGGGCACAAUUGGAAAGAAUUUUAGUAUCUGUAUAUAGUGCAUAUAAUAAACCCAAUUAAACAUUAUUUGAUACAUAUUUAACUUUUGGGGCUGUAGGUAAGUCAGUCACAAGUAAGCAUUUUCUAAUGUCCAUUAUAUCCCUUUAGAUAUGACUUAAAUUAAUAUUCUGAAUAGAUAACAUGUAUUAGUAAUUUUUGUCUGUAUGUCCUAGCACUGUUCAGCAGCAAACUUUUCUAGUUCCAGUUAAUUUUUCUUUGUUAUACAAUGGAAGCACAAUGUUAUACGGAAAGGUAGUUUUAAGCUAACAACAAGUGCACAGCCUCAGGUUUAAAUUAAAACCACAUUAAUGAUUAAGUUGCUAAAAUUUUCAAUAUAUAAUUUGGCAGUUCCAGAGCUGCUUAUCAAUGUUGGAUUUGCCAAAACACAAACAACAAAGUGUUACAACAAAAAGCUCUAUGUUUUGUGUAUACGGUAAAUGGACUAAUUCUUUAUAUUAAAUUCCUGUCUAUGCAUUUUGUGAGGUACAAACUUAUGUCACGGUGAAUGAUAGAAAAUAUCUGCCAUGCUUUUAGCUCCACAGUAAAGACCUCUCUUGGAGAUAAUUCUCAAAAUGUGGGGCAAAAUGACAGCUAAUAUUUAUAGAUUUAUAUAUAUAUAUGAUAUAUCAAAUCAAAUUUUAAAUAAACUAGAAUAUAAAAGUAUUGGCUCAAUUCCUCUUCCAGAAGGGGGGGAGGGGAAUCAAAAUAUUGCCAGAUGAGAUCUUACUUACUGAUCACAUUUCAGAAAACUUAAAUUAGUAGAGACUGUCAUUCAUCUCCUAAGUGAUGCACCUUUUUAAACAAAAGGAAUAUUUCUAUAUGGAUGCUAUUACUGGUGAAGUCUAAAAGCAUAAUGGAUUAUUGUAAAGGAUUAUCUCCUGGGAUUUAUUUUUUGCGUGGGGAGGGUAGCAUUUGAAUAUGGCAUCAUGUGUCGCAGUAAAUGGAAAUCAAAGGUGCUGUGUCAGAUUAUUUAUCAGAAGAGUAUAUACCUUUUAAGGACAAUAGUAGAGUUUUUAAAUUGUUUUGUUGGGAAAAAAUUACCUUGUUAAUUUCUACAAGAAAAAAAAUGAGACCAUCAAUCAAGCAGCACUUUUUCAAAGUAUACAGAACAUAAAUAAUAUGAUGUGGUUGAGUGUUAACAUAAUAAAUCAUAUACAGUAUGACAUUUUAAAGAAAUACGUCUGCAUUGAUGUGACUGCAUGCUUGUUUUUACAGUUCACUCCAAAUCAUCUGUGGGGGAAAAAUGCAAUAAUAUGCUAAUCUAGUAUGGUAGUUUGAGAGAAUCAGGUAGGAACUACUAGACACAUUGAAGCUAGUAUAGGUUUACAACAUAGUCAUAUCUUUCAAAGAAUACUUUUUUUUAAGGGCAAAGGAAUUAGCUUGCCACUAGGAAGAAAAGUUAUUUGUCACAGCAGUUAGCUGUAACUACUACUUCCAAAACUGAUUUGUGUUAUUAAUAUCCAGGCCAGCAAAGCACUUAACUCUGUACUUAAGUGCCUUGCUGCAUUAGGAUUAUGUUUUCUAAGGUCACAUUUAUGAAACUCCAUUAGUGCGGUGUUUACACAUUUAUACAUUCUUUCUAAAUUCCAUUCUGCUUAAAUCAUAUAAAAUUGCUGCUUACAUGAUCCACCUGCUCUUCACGGUGUCAAGUAAGAUUUUCAGAUGUUUGGGCAUCUUUAGAUGUAACCAUUUCAAAGUGUCUUGUCAGUGUAGGAAAGGAAAACUUUGGAACUUCGCAAUAGGUAAUAGGAAUUGGACUGUUAACUUUUUCUUGUGUGCUCAGUUGCAGUAGAUUUUUUUUUAAAGUUUCCUGCCUUGCACCUUGAGAUACAAUUUACAACAGGCCAAAAGAUGGGAUGAAAAUACACCAAUGUUAAAUGAAUGCAAAAUUGUGGCCUAUUAUUGAUUUUAUCUGCAUUCACCCAGUAAAAUCAGAGGUUCUCAAACUUUUUCUUAGUGGGCAGGGCCCUCUUGAAAUUGAAUAAUAAUCUUAGCUUGAAUGCCAAAUGAUUAAUUCCAUAAAUGAAACAGCAUAUUAAUAUAAUAUUCAUUGAACUUUUGAUCUUCCCUUAGACAAUAAUUUCUGCUGGAUUCAGGCCCACCUGUGGCUUUAGCACAAGUACUAGCAGUGUAAUUCCAGGAUGUUUCCAAAACUGAUACAUAGUUUAAUGUCACUUAAUUAUAUAAUUUAAAACAGAUUGAGUUUCAACAGUCCAAUGUACCGUCUCUUGUGUGUGGAGCUAUAAUCAUAGCAAUGCUCCCAUAAACAUUCUUUGCACCAGUAUCUGUGAAUCGGUGUUUAUAUUGCACUAGCACUUGAGCAGAUCCCACUUACUCUGUUCCUCAUUUCAGUGCCUUUUUACUAGUGGAUAUGGGGAAAGUAAGGAAGAGGUCAACAGGAGAAGGGAGGUGUGGACCCCAUCCCUACUUUCAAGCUCACUUGAGUCCACUGUAUAUGUCUGGGAGGUGACUGGUGGUUAGUAAUGCUGUAAGGUGCAGUCUUUCCUUCUUAGCUAACCUCCAGCUUGCUACUACUAAAACUUUCAGUUAUUCAGGGGAUACAAGAUAACUUUUUUCAUGAGGAAAACACCUCAUGGUACUGGUAGGCAUCCAGAGUUGGCUAAAUCAGGCCAAUAGACACAUAUAAUUAUUCACAAGCUUUACGUACUCACAUACUCGAAAUUUUCCUUGAUUUAUAAUAGUUGGUAUUAUCUAAUAAGGUUUUUAUCUUCAUGUAAUACAUCAUAGAUUCCAUUAUGGUCAUCUGAUCCUCGUUUGAGAACCCCUGGUUUAGAUGAAUCCGCUGGGAGCAAGGCACCAAAGUCCUCUGGAAAUUAUAUUUUAAUUUGUAGCGUGUGACAGAAAGAAAUAGUUUCCACUUGAUAAAGGCCCCAUGGGAGCAGAUAAGGAAAAUCUGGGACAUGAACGUUCUCAUUGGGAAGUUAUUACAUACACAGUGUCUUUAAAAAAAUUAACACAGGUAUCAAGUUGUUGCCAAUUUACUAUUUAAUGUCAAUUAUUUUCUUUGAAAUCGUUAACAUUUAUGUUUGUAAAUGAAUACGUGGCAUCCCAGAAUAUAUGAGUGCAUUAUCUUUUCAUCCUUACAUGUCAUAGCAAAUCCAAGAAGCAGCUGAAGGAACCUAAUAUAUGAUCUGAGGCUCAGAGAUGAACCUAGAACAUUUACAAUUUUUCACAUUUAUGAAAGGCAGUUCAUCUUGUGCUGAGAUUCCUGCUAUAAAGAACACAGGAGGAAAACUGAUUUUCUAAACAAACUAUGGAAGUGGACAUUUUGAGUAUGCUCUUCAUGACGUAGGAUGUCUACCUAUCUCUAUAAAUCUCUCAGUGAGAAGAAAGGAUGGGAGCUUAUAUCAUUUAUGAUUGUAAAAGCACUGAAGUUACCAUGUACACUAUGUACAUUAGGUAUUUCAACCGUGACAGUGUGGUUACAUGUGCUUCCAUGUAACAUCUUAGUUAUAGUGUAAUUUAGUGCCACUUAUUAUAAAGUGUUACCAAAAGGAAUCUAGAACACUUACCUUUACUACUCUCUUGAGAUUAAAGGUAAUUCUGAUAAACAAAACCAUGAUAUUUUAAUUUUUACAAAAAUCAUGGUCACACAAUAGUUUUCUCAAAACUGGCUGAGAUUACUCCAAGAAUCCUAAUUCUUAAGAACUGGCCAUUUUUGAUGAAGCCUUCCCCCCACUCCAAAUUCAGCUACUCAAAAAUUCCCUAAAUAAGCUGUCUACAGAAAUAUUCAAGUAAUGCUUUGGGUUAAGUGGCACAAAGUACACACUAAAAACUAUGCAAAAUAUAGGUGACUACAGUGUAAUUACAUGUAAGUAUCUUGUACUUUUCUCUGUAUGGAUAUUGGAAACCCAUGUAUUUAUAAUAUGCAUUUUGAUUAUUGUAUAAGGAAGGAGAUGAGACUUUUCAGUUACAAAGGUGAACUAUGAGAAUGCAUACAGAGCAGUCAUCCUUAAGUACGUGUAUUUCCCCUACCACUUCCAAAUAAUAUUUAAUUUAUAGUAAGCCAUAUUUUUCUUGAAACCCAACCAGUGCUCUGUUUUGUCUCUCUUCUUAUUUGGGUCUCAUGGGGCUCCUUCCAAACACCUUUGGGGCAAAGACUUCAAUUCUGCUAAUAGCUUUGCUACCAGCACACUGUCUGGAAACACUGCUCAGUGAUCUAUUUCUAGUACGAGGUUGCUCUUUUUAUCUUCCUUGAGGGAGCCUUGCAUGCUAAAAUGUUGAAAAGUGUUGCCAUUUGCCCUGGUAUUUUUAGCUUGAGCAAUGGAAAGAGAGCCACAGAGAACUGCAUUCUUCUGACCCCUAUUUCAUUGGAGCACCUCAACUGGAAUUUCUGCUAUUUAUUUCCCAAUAACGUCAGGUAAUCUUACAUUGUGAGUACAAAAUGCUUCCAUCAAACCACAGAGGAUGCCUUUAAUGAUAAAGUUAACUUUUUUCCAAACAUGAAAUUUUAUAUCAUUGAUCCUUUUCAUCUUGUCAUUUUUUCUAUCAUGCUCGUCCAAAAGCAAUGCAUUGGAAGUAGUGAGAUAACACAGAACAAUAGCAGAAACAAGAAAUAUUGUUAAAUUGAACACUGCAAAGCUUUGGGUCUGCUCCUGCUAUAGCUUUCCUUCUCUGUCUGAGCACUAUCAUUAUUGUUUGAGGCAUUCAAUCCACUUUCAGUUGCACAAUUUUAACUCAUUCCCAUCAUAAAUUGGGGGCUUGUUUGAGCCAGUCUUUGCCUAGGUUUUGCUCUCUAGCUAACCAUCCUUUUUAUGUGCUUUUGUUGUUGUUUUAACUUUCCCCUGUAGCAUGUCACUUGAGUGGUUUUAAUCACCAGGAGCCUUCAGCUUUGCAGGCACUGUGGUGCAGUGCAUCUUCCUGUGUGUACUCUGCUUCUAGUACACAAUGGGUUGUGAUGGGAGAUCUAAUCUGCAUUUGACAUCCUAACAAAAUGCACAAUGAACCAAGUUGCGAAAGCACAAGAAGAGUGGAUAGUUGCACUAUAAAUGGGAAUUUGUGAAAUCGUGCUCUUGCGCAAAAGUUCCUUUUAAAGAAGUGAGGUGUGCCACAAGUUGUUCAGUGGUUGUGCAAGCACAAGCAUGCUUGCAGUUGCACAGCACUAUUCUGGAAUGCAAGUGCCAGACUUAGUGCAAGUAGCACUACUAUGAUAUAAAGUAGCUAAUGUAACAGGUUUACACUGCGAUAUCUUUCCACUAGCACCAUUAGUCAGAAUGCUAGCAUGUAAAAGGCAUGAAUACAGUGGAGCCUUCAUGGUAUCCCCAGAUAUUGUGCUUUGGAUGUUGAAAACUGACACUGGAAAGGAGAUAGAUGACUGGAUAGCUAUAUAGAUAGGCAAGAAACAUCUGCCUCCUAUCAAAAAUAGAGAUGACAUGCUGUUGUGAAUGUGUUCUCCUGCCUAUGGGGCCAUGAGCACUCUGUGGUGAAAGGGAGGAAAGAGGGUUCCACUGAGCCCUAUGCCAAUUCCUUCUUACAUUGCACAACUGUACCCACCAAGGUAUAGUGGUGGGUUGUGCUCACAGUGUUUAAUGCACAUUUUAAAAAUGUGCAAAUCAUACCACAUUUAAACUGUUGGGUAUUUAAUAUACACCGAAUAUUUUAAUAUUUUGCUCUAGUUUAUUUUAAUAAAAUACAUUUUACACUUCUAUAAAAGAGGUGUAUUCAAAUCAUCGCAUAACAGCUCCACAAAGAAUUAGUAACAGAAUGAAGCCUGCACCUAGUAGAGUAACUGAAGUUUAGUCUUUUUUCAGCCAUUUUUAUCUUCUCCAUUGGGGUAGAGGCUGCUCUACACAAGAAGGAACAAGAAGCUAUUUCCAACCAAUGAUAGACUAUCCAAGAAAAUUUUUAAAUUUUUAACCUUCGCAAAGAACCUUCUCUUAAAAGGAGUUACUAAGUGAGCUGCAGUGACCAGAUACAUGUAGAAGCAUUUAAAGAUCACAACAGUUGGACACAGAAGCAUUAAACGAAAAAGACAAAACCUUCUGUUUAGGGUAGCCAGCUAUUCUUACUAAGCUGAUGAGGGUCCAUGGAAAAUGGACCUUCAUGUGACCCAAAAUAUGAUAGUCCACAAUCCAACAUAGAAGUAAGCAUGGCCUUCAGAGAAUUUAAGCAUGUUAAUUCAGUGAGAGAAUUCAGAGAUGACUUUUUCAGAGAAUAGCUUUUGAGAAGCGUUAAACAAGUAUAUAGCAUAGCAUAUCUAUACUUUCAAACUACAUUUGAAUUUAAGUAAGAUACAGUCCUACACAAAGUUACAUAUUUGUGUGAUUGACUUAAUUAUUACUUAUUAAGCACUUCUCCCCAGCCCAAAUAGUUUGGUAUUUACCACAUAUUUGCAGUAUUGUGGCAAACUGUCCAAGAUGGUGCAUACAUUAAUCCCAAACCCUCUUAUGUCCAAUUCUAUUUAAUUAACUUUCCACCAGGCUAAAAAUUGUAACCAAUGGCUCACAUUCUAACUAGUGCAGUGUGGGCACUCCAGGGGCAGCACCACCAUUGGGCGAAUGGGUUCAAAGAACCUGGGCAGUGCCCAAUCAGGGCUGUACCUUGUGGCCCCAACACCCCUACACACACACAUCUGAUGUCAGAUGCAUGGGUGCUGGUUUAACUCCCGAGUGGGGGCUAUGCAGCCCCUGUUCAGGAGUUAAAUAGCCGCUGCUUUCGCGGCAUGGCCAGAACGGGUCUUCCCUGCCUUUAAGGCAGGGAAGAGCCGCUCCUGGCUGCACUGCAAAUGCAGCGCCAGCCCAAGUCUAGCUCUUGAAGGGGCUGUGCAGUCAUGGAGACAUGGUGCUCCAUUCUGGAGCCAGACCAGGCCCCCCAUGUCUGACAUCAGACACAGGGGUGGGAUGAGCGGGGCUGCCGCAGCAGCCAAACACAGGCCACUGGCGGUCAGGCUCCGUGUUUGGGGCACUCCUAACACCAGUUGCCCAUGCCAUGCCAGCCCCUAUGCUAAUCCUGAAACACAGGCACUCUUACACAAGAAAGAAAAUGCUUGCUUCUCAGAUGCCUCUGAGAAGCCCACAGGCAAAAAGUGAGGGCAUAUCCUCGCUCUUGCUGUUGCUCUCCUGCAACUGCUAUUUAGUGUCUGGAGGUGGCCUAUAAGCACCAGACUAGUAGUCAUUGAUAGACCUGUCCUCCAUGAAUUGGCCGAAGCCACUUUUAAAGCCACCCAAGCUAGUGGCCAUUACCUCAUCCCAUGACAGAGAAUUCCAUAGAUUAAUUAUGCACUGUGUGAAAAACUACGUCUUUUUGUCGGUCCUAAAUUUCCCGGCCAUCAGUUUCAUGUGUUGACCCCUGGUUCUAGUGUAAGAGAGAUUCCCCAAAUGCACAGCUGUUAUUUAAAAACAAAAAAAACCCAGAGAUUUUUCAUAGAUAUAUUGCGAUAACGUGAGAGGCAAAGUGAACAACUCCAUAGAAAUAUAAGUUAUUGCAUUUCUGUAGCAUAUGUCUAAUCUUAGAGGUUGAUAACAUUUUAUAGUUGGCAGUGUAGGCCCCCAAAUUAUUGCAAUACAAUCAUCUAAAAUUAGACAAGUGAACUGCCUAUUGAACUGCCUCUUAUCUUGCAAACACAGAGACAGAAAUUUCACUAUAACACUGGAUGCUGAUAAGAUAGUUGUUACUUCUUAGUAAAGCUAUUUUUGUCCCUGAUAUAGGACCAAGACAGAAAAGCAAAAAUUCCAACUUUCUUCAGACACAAAUGAGGGUUCCAACAUGAACGAGGGUUCAGAGAAAUAGAAAACAUACAUUAGGUCUGGCAACACAGCAAGAGGCUGAUGGUGGAAGAAAUGUGCAAUGGCUACGAGGCAUUAAUAUUUGGUGCAGUGUGUCAACACUCUGAAAUGUGCAGAUACCACACUGUGUGUGUAGGAGGCUAUGCAGUAGAAGAGAAUCUCUUGCAUGCCCCAUGCAUGGUUCAAUGUGUAGAAAUGGUAGCAAAACUUUUCAUGAGCUUUUAAUCUUAUUAUAAAGCAAACAUGAAAGAUUUCUGUUAAAGAUUUCAUGGCUAAAAAAUGGACUAGCAAAGGGCAAACCUAUAAUCUGUUCCACAUGCACUCAAGACACCUUAAUUCAUCACAUCAUUUACACCUGUCUUGCUAAUCACCAGAUGCAGUGUACAUGAAUACUACUGUAGAGUUUCAAACUGAAGAGAGAGAUUAAGUUGUAUUGUUUGAAAACAUGAUACGUUGAUGAUAGUGAAACAUUCAUAUUGAUCCUACUUAUUGUAGGUACCUAAUAUUUUAGUCUUUAUAUUCCUGUCCUGAUACAGUAUAUGAAAAUGUGUUUUCCACCAGUACUCGUGUAGUUUUGGCAAUAAUAAUUACAAAUACCUUACAGUUAUGUUUUCUGUUCAUUGUGCACUUCCUUACAUGCAUUUGUAUGCAGACAUGCCAAAGGUUUGCUCUUUCUUGAAAUGACACACUUCCAAUUGAAAUCGGUAAGAAAGCAGCACCCACCUUUGGGGUGGGGGGAGCUUAUGCACUAUAUUGCUUUCCAGCUUUUUAAAUCCAAAAUGCACUUUAUAAGUUCACCAAAAACUGGAAUGUUCAAAGACUCAUUUUCCACAGAGGUUUGCUUGAUAAUAAGAAUGCAGUCAUGAAAAGAUGACAGAAUUCUUACAUUUUACUAAUGGUGCCACUGAAAUAGCCCCACUAGUUAUGAAUUUGAUCUACUCCCAAUUAAAAAGAAGAACUGCAGCCCUUCUCAUUUGAAUGCAACCUUGCAGACACACAGACAAAUGUGCAGCCCAAAAAUGUGACACCAGUCCAGCUGUGUGUCUCUAUAUUCUGCAGCGGCUCUAACAGUGUGGCCAGGUAAGCACUCACUAAAAACAGAAUUCUCACUGGCCCUAGGUGAGUAGCUGACUGCAAGAUGGCUGCAAUAGCUCAGGAGCUAUGACUGACUCCAGCAACUGUAAUUAAUGGCAAUUGGAAGGGUAUGUUUCAGACACUUUAGUGCUUAAUCCAGUUUCAGGGGAGUUAAGCAUGUUGCACUGACAAUGGAAGCACAGUUUCUUCAAUAUUUUCUUGUCCGUAAUUUUAAGUGAACAAAAUGCAUAUUGUAAUGUUAGGUACAUGACACUUGCAUGUUGCUAUGCCUAUAUACUUACAGAGUAUUCAAUGUGUACUUAGUGGCGCUUAAGAAAUGUCAUGUACAAUUUUUAUAAACAUUCUACAGGGUUCCCAUUUGCACUUCAUCUUUCAGUAAAGUCUUGUCAGAGAAAUGUCUGAAUAUUAUUAAAAAAAUAAAAUUUCAAUUUUAGUUAUCUGUUGGA